AUGAGCGCCAGAUCCUCAGCCACAUCAGCGGCCACAACUUCGAUCACCGUUUCUCCAAUCUCUACUGUCGACACACAAACCAGCGCCACUGAAGUACGGUACCAUACGGUCAAAGCCGGCGCAGGCGGCUUCCACUUCGAACCCGCAGAGCUAGCCAAUGUGUCUGUUGGAGACGUCGUCACAUUCGAGUUCUACCCGCCAGAUCACUCUGUCGCUCGAGCGGAGUUUGGAAGCGCAUGCGUGCCCUACGAAUACACGGGAAGAGAUAGGACGGGGUUCUGGUCAGAGACGCAAUGGGUCGAGACACCCAGCAAUUCAACAGCACAGAGCCAAUCUUUUAUUACUGCGCCGCCCCAGAUUCGUGCAAAGGGAAGCAGAUGGUCGGCGUCAUUUAAUCCAAACGCUACACAAACGCUCGAUGACCAGAUACUAGCCGCAGCCAGGGCCGACUACCAACUAGCACCGGGUGACCGCGUGCCCAAUGAAGCGUCUUCAGCCUUUGUCUCUCCACUGACGGUUAGCUCACAGGCAGACCUCGUGUCGGCUAAUAAGCCGCCCCCAAAGCUCUCUACGGCUGGCAUUGCUGGCAUCACUGUCGGUGCGAUCCUGCUUCUUGUGCUGUGUACGGGUGUUUUGUUUUUUCUCGCCCGCAAGGCUUGCACGGGGCGCCAAACAGCUCCUUGGCUACAUAGCCAGACCGGCCACAACAGCAAGCAGCAAGUCGAAAAACCUCCUGUUCAGCUUCCAGUAAGCAAACGUCAAUUCAUAUCAAGCUCGGCAAUCUAA